UUCAACGAGGUUAGAAGUAACAUCACGAAAGAGCUGGGUGAUGUAGAAUAUUUGGCCCUGACAACGGACAUGUGGUCCAGCUGCAAUAUGAUGCCCUACAUGUCAGUGACAGUGCAUUAUGUAAAUAAAGAGUGGACACUGCAGUCCAAAUGCUUACAAACUUGUUUCAUGCCCGAAAGCCAUACAGCAGAUAAUUUGGAAGAUGCACUGCGCGAGGCAAUUAAUGACUGGAAACUACAGGAGAAACAAAUUGCCUGUAUAACUACCGACAAUGGGGCGAAUAUUGUUGCAGCCAUCCGGCAGUUGAAAUGGCCAUGGUUAAGUUGCUUUGGGCACAACUUGAACCUGGCCAUAAACAACUCGCUUGCACAACAGAGGGCCAGCACAGACCGAGCUUUCGGGGUUUGCCGGGCAGUCAACACUGCGUUUUCGCACAGCUGGCUAAGGCGACGUGAACUGCAGAAAGCACAAGUGGAAAUGAAACUCCCUGAGCACUCACUGAUCACGGACUGUGCAACACGAUGGGGCUCAAAACAGCAAAUGGUGGAGAGAAUGCUGGAGCAGGAGCAAGCCAUCAAACGUGUGUUUGCCCAAGACAAAAGCCGCCGCCCACUCCCCCAGCUGACAUGGCAAGACAUAAGUGUUCUGGAAUCUGUGAACAACGCGCUGAAGCCAGUAGCGGACUUCACAGACAUUCUCUCUGGAGAAAAUUACGUAACGGUGUCCUCACUGCUGCCCAUGUUGGCCCAUUUAGAAGGUGUCCUGGAGGAGUCAGGUGAUGAUUCUAAACUGACAGCCGACCUGAAGCGUGUCAUCCUGGAGCAGAUGGAAGGCAGAUAUGGUGAUGACACCAUCCAGAGGAUGAUGCGUAAAGCAACACUGCUUGACCCGAGGUACCGAGGGGACCAUAUGAAACCUCCCGAACUUCAUUCUACAAAAUCUGAAAUAGUGGAAGAGAUUGUGAAAGAGAUUGAUCUGUCGCUGCCAAGGCCAACACCAGGUCCAUCACAUGCUGGAAAAGAUGGAGAGGAACCAGAUGCCGGCGUCGCCACCGUGCCUAAGAAAAAAAAGUGGUCUUUAGGCAGCCUUCUUGCGAAGAGAGCAGUCACAGCAGCUGCAGCCACGCUCACUGAUGAGCAAAAGGUCGAGUCAGAAAUGACCAUUUACCUUCAGGAAAUGGCCAUCGAUGGGGAAGAGGACCCACUGACUUGGUGGAAAACGAACGAAAAAAGGUUUACGUUCAUGGCCAGAUUAGCACGGAAAUAUCUGUGCAUAUGUGCUACCAGUACUCCAUCAGAGCGGGUCUUCAGCACAGCGGGAAGUGUAGUUACUCCAAUUCGCAGCUUAUUAAAACCAGACAAAGUGAGCAUGUUGGUAUUUCUGGCCAGAAACAUCGAAAUUUAAUCAUGGUCUAUGUAUGUAAAUCCCGCGUUUCGGUCUGAGUGUUGUUCCCGUUUUCUUGUUCUUUGUUGUUCUUCUGUGUUUUAAUAAAUUUGUGUUAUCUGAA